AAGACCCAUAAUGCCUUUCGGCUGGCAUUCUGUUCUGAUUUUCAGGCUUUGCAGUACAUCCACAAUGGCUACGCGAAAUCACUACGCGAUCCUUUAAUAUGCACCCUGCUGAAAAAGCCGAGGAAAAGGGUACCACCGGACCAGUCUCAAAAUGACCACCGGCUUCAGCUCGAAUUCAUGUCGAUUCGCAGAUUAUUUUGUUAUCUGCGGACUUGACACUGAAAGCGGGCUUGAACCAGACGAACUGUCAGCUUUAUGCCAGUAUAUAGAGGCUACUAAAUUCAGAGAUGGGGCCAGAGGAUUGGCGAGUGCAGAUGAAGGUGAGAAUUUUGAGCAGAGUCCACUGCGGAGAACCUUUAAAUCCAAAGUUCUAGCGCACUACCCAGAGAAUGUAGAGUGGAGUCCCUUUGACCAGGAUGCCGUUGGCAUGCUGUGUAUGCCAAAGGGUCUGGCCUUCCGCACGCAGGCGGACACACGUGAGCCUCAGUUCCACUCCUUCAUCAUCACGCGGGAGGACGGCUCGCGGACGUACGGAUUUGCCCUCACUUUCUACGAGGAGGUGACCAGCAAGCAGAUCUGCAGCGCCAUGCAGACCCUGUACCACAUGCACAAUGCCGAACAAUACGACAUCCUGCACACCCCCACCACCCCGCGGUGCCCUGAGGACCAGCGCCACCUCCAUCCCCACCCACUCAACCCCCACCCCCAACACAUGCUCCUCCCCACGCCCUCCAUCUCCCGGCUGCAGCGCUUCAACUCCUACGACAUCAGCCGCGACACGCUCUACGUGUCCAAGUGCAUCUGCCUCAUCGCGCCCAUGGCCUUCCCCCAGGCCUGCAGGAAGGUGCUCCAGCAGCUCCACCAGGCCGUCUCCUCCCCCCAGCCCCCACCCCUCCCCUUGGAGAGCUACGUCUACAACAUCCUGUAUGAGGUGCCCCUGCCUCCCGCUGGGCGCUCCCUAAAGUUCUCGGGGGUGUAUGGGCCAGUGGUGUGCCAGAGGCCCAGCACGGCAGAGCUGCCUCUCUUUGACUUCCCUAUCAGCCAGGUGUUUGAGCUGCUGGGGGUGGAGAACGUCCUCCAGCUGUUUACCUGUGCCCUGUUGGAGAUCCAGAUCCUGCUCUACUCAAAGCACUACCAGAGGCUGAUGACUGUGGCCGAGAGCAUCACAGCCUUAAUGUUCCCUUUCCAGUGGCAGCAUGUCUAUGUGCCCAUCCUGCCCGCCUCACUGCUGCACUUCCUGGAUGCCCCAGUGCCCUACCUGAUGGGCCUGCACUCCAACGGAGAGGGUGACCGCACCAAACUAGAGCUGCCUCAGGAGGCCAACUUGUGUUUCGUGGACAUCGACAACCACUUCAUUGAGCUGCCAGAGGACCUCCCUCUGUUCCCCAACAAGCUAGAGUUCAUCCAGGAGAUCUCCGAGGUGCUGUUGGCCUUCGGUGUGUCUCCGGAGGGGAACCCGCUCCACAGCCAGGGCCAGUCCAAACACUGGGGCUUCCGCUCCACUGACAUGGUCACGGACAGACGCAACGGCAACCUGGCCAGCUCGCCCCUCAACUCCUACCUGCUGAGGGAGAACGAGACCAUCGCUAGACUGCAGGCCCUGGUCAAGAGGACUGGGGUCAGCCUGGAGAAGUUGGAUGUGAGGGAGGAUGCCAGCAGCAACAAGGACCUGAAGGUGCAGUGUGAUGAGGAGGAGCUGAAGAUGCACCAGCUCAACAUCCAGGUGCGAGAGGUCUUCGCCAACCGCUUCACCCAGAUGUUCGCCGACUACGAGGUGUUUGUCAUCCAGCCCAGCCAGGACAAGGAGUCCUGGUUCAGCAACAGGGACCAGAUGCAGAACUUUGACAAGGCCUCCUUCCUUUCUGACCAGCCUGAGCCCUACCUGCCCUUCCUGUCCCGUUUCCUGGAGACUCAGAUGUUCGCCUCCUUCAUCGAUAGUAAGAUCCUUUGCCAUGAUGAUGAGGACAAGGAACACACGUUGAGGGUGUUUGACUCCCGCGUGGACAAAAUCCGCAUGCUGAACGUGCGCACGCCCACCCUGCGCACCUCCAUGUACCAGACCUGCACCAAUAUCGACGAGGCGGAGAAGGCCAUAGAGAUGCGGGUGGUUAAGAUCGACCACACGGCCCUGCAUCCCCACCUGCUGGAUAUGAAGAUUGGCCAGGGUCGCUACGAACAUGGCUUCUUUCCCCGGCUGCAGUCUGACGUGCUCUCCACUGGACCCGUCAGCAACAAAUGGGCGAAGAGGAGUGCUCCAGCACAGUGGAGGAGGAAGGACAGACAGAAACAACACGCUGAACACCUUUACCUGGACAACGACCAGAGAGAGAAAUACAUCCAGGAGGCCAGGAACCUGGGCACUACCAUCCGGCAGCCCAAGCUGUCCAACCUCUCCCCCUCCGUCAUCGCUCAGACCAACUGGAAGUUUGUGGAGGGUCUGCUGAAGGAGUGCAGGAAUAAGACCAAGCGCAUGCUGGUUGAGAAGAUGGGCAGGGAGGCGGUGGAGCUGGGUCAUGGGGAGGUCAGCAUUACAGGCGUGGAGGAGAACACACUUAUCGCCUCCCUCUGUGACCUGCUGGAGAGGAUCUGGAGCCACGGGCUGCAGGUCAAACAGGGUAAAUCUGCCUUGUGGUCCCACCUGCUCCAUUAUCAGGAGAGCAAAGAGAAGGCGGAUGCAGCACCAGCCGGUUUGGGUCCCCCAGGACUCAUCCACAACACAGAGAGACGCAAGUCUGACGCUGGCGCUGCCUUGGCCCCUCUAAAGGUAUCCCUGAUCAGGGACAUGAGACACAUCCAGAACAUUGGUGAGAUCAAGACAGACGUGGGCAAGGCCAGGGCCUGGGUGAGGCUCUCCAUGGAGAAGAAGCUGCUGUCCAGGCACCUCAAAAAGCUGCUGUCUGACCAUGAACUUACAAAGAAACUAUACAAGCGUUAUGCUUUUCUGCGCUGUGACGAUGAGAAAGAGCAGUUCCUGUACCACCUCCUCUCCUUCAACGCUGUGGACUACUUCUGUUUCACCAAUGUCUUCACAACCAUCAUGAUCCCAUACCAUGUGCUGGUGAUUCCCAGUAAGAAACUAGGAGGCUCCAUGUUCACAGCCAACCCCUGGGUGUGUGUGUCAGGGGAGCUGGCUGAGACAGGGGUGCUCCAGGUCCCCAAGCACACUCAGGAGAUCACCUUUGAGUGCCAGAACCUGGGCAAGCUGACCACAGUGCAGAUGGGCCAUGAUAACUCAGGUCUUUACGCCAAGUGGCUUGUGGAGUAUGUUAUGGUCCGGAAUGAGAUCACAGGUCAUGCUUACAAGUUCCCGUGUGGCCGGUGGCUGGGGAAGGGGGUGGACGAUGGCAGUCUGGAGAGGGUCCUGGUGGGAGAGCUAGUGACACCAAACUCAGAGAACGAGGACAGAAUGUGUCGUACGCCCCCCAUGCAGCAGUCCCCUGGGAUGAUGAGGAGGUUCGUCACCAUCUCACCAAACAGCAAACCAAAGUUGAACACUGGUCAGAUCCAAGAGGGAGUGGGAGAGGCCAUCAAUGGGAUAGUGAAGCACUUCCACAAGCCAGAGAAGGAGAGGGGCAGUCUGACCCUUCUGUUGUGUGGGGAGUAUGGUCUAGUCUGGGCUUUAGAGCAGGUGUUCCAGCAUGGCUUCAAAUCCCCACGCCUCUUUAAGAAUGUCUUCAUCUGGGACUUCUUAGAAAAGUCACAAGUGUACUUUGAGAGUGCUGAGCAGAGGGAGGUGACUCCAGAUGAGAACUGGCAAACCAGAGUACGCCACUUCUGCCGCUUCAUGCGGGCCAUCAACAGCACAUCUAGGAACAUAGGCAAGGAUGGGAAGUUCCAGAUGCUGGUGUGUCUGGGUGCCAGGGACCAUUUGUUACACCACUGGAUCGCUCUCCUCGCAGACUGUCCAAUCACAGUGCAAAUGUACGAAGACACAGCACUGAUAAAGGACCGCUCAUUGGUCAAUUCUCUGAUCAGAGUGCUACAGACUUUGCAGGAGUUCAACAUUACCCUGGAAGCUUCACUUGUCAAAGGGAUUGGUAUCUAGGCCCUCUUUCGUUCACACCAAUUGGACCUGACUAAGGAAAACUGUUAGGGACCACUAAAGAACAUUUAAACCUUUUUAUGCAGAAAGAGACUUGGACGAUUUCUGGCUUAUAUUAAAGCUACUGUUACAUUUGCCAUAUAUUAAGUGCAAUGAGCCUUUCAAAAUGUGUUGUUAUUUUUAUCCUUAAUAAUGUUGCUGUUAGACGUUAAGAAUAUGUUUUCUAUUACGAUCCAUUACUUUCACGUUGUUGAAGAAGAUAACCCACCUGUUGUAUACUACUUUAUUGAAAGUUAAAUAUUUUCAUUGUUAUUGUGAACUGCUGAUAAUGGCUAUAUUCUAAAAAGGAAAACAAGGAACAAAAACUGUUAAUAUAUUUUCGGAGAAGAACAGUAUUAUUUUGAUAUGUCUGUCAAGUUGCUUGCUCUGUUCUAAUUCUAACUGUCAUCAUGCAGAGCUUGAAGCAAAUGAUGCAGAAGUAUGCUUUAUAAGUAUGAAUAUGACAUGGUAUAGAUGUUUGUGUAGGGUGGAAAACUGAUUCACCUACAUCAAUAUGACAGUGUGUAAGUUUGGAUCAAUCCCCCUGGAAGUACCGUAGGAUGCAACUAUUUUAUAUGGAAUAACUUGGCCUAAGAAGAGGCUCCUGAAUAAGAUAAUGUAGCGUAUGCUAGUGAUGCACAAUAUGUAUUCAGUUGGAGAAGUAUCACUAUAUACGGCCAUGUCAGUGCUUCACACUUGACACACAACUCUUCAACAGUACAGUACUCAUCAUAACCAUGGCUUGGUAGAAAGUGAGUCAUUUAUAAAAUGACAGCCUUUGUGUAAAUACCUCUAACCAGUGCAUCCUUCUUUCCAACAACUUCUCAUUAUUCCUCACCUGUUCUGCCCAUUCCUGGCAGGUUUACAACAUCAUGUUUUUUCAGUAGUGAAAAUUGUAUGAGCUGAUUGCCAGUUAAAUUAAUAAUGUGUGGUAAAUAUGGUUGCUAUAAAAGGCCAGAUUCAAAAUAGAGCAAACGAUUCUCAUUUGAACUGUUGGCGUUUCUGCUAUGCAAUAUAAUCCACAUCACACAAAAAAAUCAACCUAAGAUCUAGAUGAGAAUCAUUGGACCUCCUCCAUUUUUCUUACUGUGCAGCAUAGGAUGAUGAAUAACAAUAGCAGUUUGAUAGAAGUAGGUGUAAAGGAUGUCUUUCCUGUGCCAAUGUCUGGAUUGUGUUGGUUGUACUAUUCCAUGUACAAUCGACAUGAGCAUCUUGGGAGAUAUAUUUUUGUUUUUCAAUACUGUUGUACAUUUGACAUAGCCGUAUAAUGUAGUGUUUACUAAGUGAGGAAAUGUGUACAGUGUAAAAAAUUAAAUAAAGAAUAAAAUUACAGAAAUGCA